CGCUAGUAAGCUAUUAAAUCAUCAAUUCUUACGGAGAAAAUUCCCUACCGGAUACGUUCCAAUGAGUGGUGUAAUUAAAGCAGAAUCCUUACUGCUGGAGGAUAGACAGAGCGUUAAGAAAAUUAAUAACGGAAAAGAACAAUGGGGUAAUGGCUUGGAAUUUCUUUUUUCAUGCAUCUCGCUGUCGGUAGGUUUGGGCAACAUUUGGCGUUUCCCGUAUAUUGCAUUUCAGAAUGGUGGCGGUACUUUUGUAAUUCCGUAUCUGAUAGUUUUAUUGAUUAUUGGGCGACCGAUUUACUACAUGGAAAUAUUAGUGGGACAAUUUUCAGGUAAAGGUUGCUUACAAGCCUUUAAUAUGGCUCCAAUACUCAAAGGAGUGGCCGCUGGACAAGUUCUAGCUACCAUCGCUUCUAUCACCUAUUAUUCAAGUGUUAUGGCUUUGACCUUGAGAUUUUUAUUCGUUGCAUUUUUUCCCGUUUUACCAUGGAGUUAUUGUCGUCCUAACUGGGGUUCCGAAUGCUUAGAUGCGAAUAGUAUAGAGAACAAAACCAAUAAAAUUUCCCCGGCUGAAUUGUAUUUUCACAAAAUCGUUUUACGGGAAUAUGAUAACAUUGAUGAAGGCAUUGGUUUACCCAAUUGGGACUUAGUUAUAUGUUUAGCUAUAUCUUGGUUUAUCAUAGGUGCCGUACUUAUAAAAGGUAUUAAAAGCUCUGGUAAAGUGGCCUAUUUUUUAGGCACCUUUCCUUAUAUUAUUCUCGUGGUGUUAUUGAUUAGAGCGGUAACUUUGCCCGGUGCUAUGCAAGGAAUCAAAUUUUUCUUUACACCAGUAUGGAAGAACUUGAUAAACCCUAUGGUUUGGUACGCUGCCGUAACUCAAGUGUUCUUCAGCUUAGCAAUUUGUUUUGGCACUUUAAUAACCUACGCUUCCUAUAACAACUUUUCUCGUAAUGUGUACAAUGACAUUGUCAUUAUUACCACUAUGGACACGUGCUCGUCUAUAAUCGCUGGCAGCAUUACCUUCGGAAUAGUCGGACAUUUAUCUUAUGAAACCAAAAGUAGUAUAGCCGAUGCAGUUAAAGGGGGCGCUGGGCUUGCCUUUAUAACUUAUCCAGAUGCUAUAGCUAAAUUUAAGAUUCUGCCGCAGGCGUUUGCCAUUCUUUUCUUUUCCAUGCUGUUUAUUUUAGGCGUAGGCAGUACCGUUGGCAUGGGUUCUUGUAUAAUCCGUGUAGUAAAAGAUCGAUUCCCCCUCAUAUCAAAUUGGUCAUUGUCUGUGUCUUUAUCAGUGAUUGGUUUCAUGUGUAGUUUAGUGUACAUGACUCCUGGCGGGCAAUUUAUACUGAACUUGGUAGAUUUUUACGGUGUUUCAUUUACUGCUUUAAUAUUGGCCAUAGGUGAACUUGUAGCGGUUGGUUGGAUAUACGGCGUAAAAAGAUUCUGUGAAGAUAUCAAAUUCAUGCUGGGCAUGAAUACAAGCAUUUAUUGGCGUUUAUGCUGGUCUUUAAUAUCACCAGCUUUAUUGCUAUCAGUACUGAUCUAUACUCUUUUGGAUUUAAGGCCAUUAACCUAUAAAAAUCGAGAGUACCCUCGUGCGGCUCACAUCAUUGGUUGGUGUUUAACAACAUUAGGACUUUUACAAAUUCCUUUGUGGGCUGCCUACGAAUUUUAUCGCCAAGAUAACACAAGAGAUGUGAAAAAGAAAUUUUUAAAUAUUUUAAAACCUUCUCCGUCUUGGGGCCCUUUAAAUUCUCACUUGCACGAAGAGUAUAGUAAUCAACGUCUCGAACUGCAGAUCAACCAAGAAAAGAGCAAAAAUAUUUUUAAUAAAAUUUAUGAAAACAUAUUCGGAUGAUUGUAAAAAAAUUUUUUUUAAUCGGUGAAUUUAUCUAUAUUUAUAGCACAUUCCGUUUGAUAAAUACGUUUUG